CGCCAUCAUCCCAGCAGCCAUACGCCCGCUGCGAGUGGCCUCAUACCUUUGAGGAAGCUUUGUGCGAGAAUUUUGUGACGGGGCACGAUACGCUCACCGACGCAGCGAAGGCCCACGUUCUCGACCCGGCGAAUUGGUCCACUGCACCAAGUCUGCGCGACCUUGUCCCAAACGCGGAUAUAUAUGUUAUGAGAUGGCCACACUGCGAUUGAUGGCGGUGAAAACCGCUUCCAUAAAUACGAUCUGCAGCUUCCGUGCAUACAAAGUUCAGGCUUCCAGGAGCGCCUGGCAGCUCAAAUCAUGCGAGAUGCCCUCUCCCCUUGCAGAGCACAAGAAGAAGAUGUGCAAGUCUGAGACAUUUGGCAAGGACAAUCUUCAGAGCGAGCCGCAAAGUAGCACACCAAAGCUCAAAACUCUGCCAAAACAACGAGUGCAGGCAUUGGUGCACAAAUAUCGCACGUGGUCAGCUUUGUGCUACAAUGUCGCGAAAACGACUUGGCUGCGCCAUUGGCUUUUCUCAAUGCAAGAUGCAAGCCGGUCACGAACUCUGCAGGAACGAUGCUUUUGCACACCGACUGCUCAGAUAUGCCGUCGAUGCAAGAACAACCUUCGUGACUGUGUCGCAACCAGCAGGCUUUGUAGGACACGCACAAAAUCUUUAUCAAUAAGGCCUUGAAGUGUUGUGUUUGUGAGAAGAGGCUGGGCACCUGGGCAUGGAGCCAACCGCAAUUGCUUGGGGAGAUAAAAUCACAGUGUUGAACUGAGUGCAGCGGGUAAAGCUUGCAGGUGAAAGUGGUGAGAGCGCCCCCAGGUGAGAGCGCUGCGGUCCGCUGGCCGACCGCCCAAUGAGAGUCCCACGUGCGACGUCAUCUAC